CUGUAGCCUGGAGUGGUAGUCCAAUAUGACGUCGGCGCAGAGGGAGCCCGUGAUUGGCUGUUUACCUCCAGCCUGGCUGUGUGAGAUGGAGGGCGGAAAGGACGUGCGAGUGGAAUCUGCCCCAUACUCCUGCUCCACCUGUGAUGGAGGGGAGGUGCCUGCCCGCAACCUGACUCGAAGAAACAGAAAAGUCCGCAGCUUGAGCACUUCGUCAGCCAGCACCUCCUUUGAAUACAGGAGGACUCAAUCACUUCAUGGACCGAGCCCUGUGACGACAUUCGGCCCCAAGGCAUGCAUGCUCCAGAACCCACAUGCAGUAAUGCACAUUCAGGAUCCCGCCAGCCAGAGGCUGACGUGGAACAAACCACCAAAAAGUGUCCUUGUCAUCAAGAAGAUCCGAGAUGCCAGUCUGCUACAGCCUUUCAAAGAGCUCUGCAGGUUCCUCACCGAGGUGAAAAGCAUGAUUGUUUACGUGGAAAAGAAAGUCCUGGAGGACCCAGCCAUUUCAGGCGAUGAAAACUUUGCGGCCGUUACAAAGAAAUUCUGCACUUUCAGAGAAGAUCUCGACGACAUCUCCAACCGUGUAGACUUUAUAAUCUGUCUCGGUGGAGAUGGAACUUUGCUGUACGCAUCUUCGCUCUUCCAGGAGAGCGUUCCACCAGUCAUGUCCUUCCACCUGGGUUCCCUGGGCUUUCUGACCCCAUUCAAAUUUGAAAACUACCAGUCUCAGGUCAACCAAAUUAUUGAAGGUAACGCUGCCAUUGUCUUAAGAAGUCGCUUGAAAGUGCGGGUGCUCAAAGAGAACUGGGAAAAGAAGUCCAGGGUGGACGAAAAGGGGAUCAUUUUGACCAACGGGGACAUUGAAAGUAGCCGCAAAGCCAUGCAGUAUCAGGUACUGAAUGAGGUGGUGGUGGACCGAGGACCCUCCUCCUAUCUCUCUAACGUAGACCUGUUCUUGGAUGGACACCUCAUUACUACAGUGCAGGGAGAUGGUGUGAUAGUCUCCACACCCACAGGCAGCACAGCGUACGCAGUGGCAGCAGGAGCUUCCAUGAUCCAUCCCAACGUCCCGGCCAUCAUGAUCACCCCCAUCUGCCCGCACUCUCUCUCCUUCAGACCAAUCGUGGUGCCGGCCGGGGUGGAGCUCAAGGUACUGGCGAACUUGCCAAAAAAUAUUACCAUCACCACUUCCUGCUUCCCCGUUCCAUCGAUCUGCUUCCGGGACCCGGUUAAUGACUGGUUCGAGAGCCUGGCCCAGUGCUUACACUGGAACGUGAGGAAGAAGCAGAACUACCUCAGCUCAGAGGAUGAGGAAUUCUGA